CGCGCCUGGCCGCGAGCACCCGGGCCGCGGCUCUGAUUCGGGAGGGAGGCAGAGGCUCCGCCCUGGCUGGAGGAACUGGGUGCUCUGCUCCCUCGCGUGAGAGGAUCUAUCUCAGGCUAAGAAAUGGCAUUUCAAAAGGCAGUGAAAGGGACGGUUCUGGUUGGCGGAGGAGCUCUUGCCACUGUUCUAGGCCUCUCUCAGUUUACUCAUUACAGGAGGAAGCAAGUGAACCUAGCCUAUGUUGAAGCCGCAGACAAUGUAACUGAACCUGUGAACAGAGAGCCUCCUUCCAGAGAAGCUCAGCUACUGACAUUGCAAAACACAUCUGAAUUUGAUGUCCUUGUCAUUGGAGGAGGAGCAACAGGGAGUGGCUGUGCACUAGAUGCUGUCACCAGAGGACUGAAAACAGCCCUUGUAGAAAGAGAUGAUUUCUCAUCGGGGACCAGCAGCAGAAGCACUAAAUUGAUCCAUGGUGGUGUGAGAUAUCUUCAGAAGGCUAUCAUGAAGUUGGAUAUUGAGCAGUAUAGGAUGGUAAAAGAAGCCCUUCACGAGCGUGCCAACCUCCUAGAAAUUGCUCCCCAUUUAUCAUCUCCAUUACCUAUUAUGCUUCCAGUUUACAAGUGGUGGCAGUUACCUUACUACUGGGUAGGAAUCAAACUUUAUGAUCUGGUCGCAGGAAGUAAUUGCUUGAAAAGCAGUUAUGUCCUUAGUAAAUCAAGAGCCCUUGAGCAUUUUCCAAUGCUCCAGAAGGACAAACUGGUAGGAGCGAUUGUCUACUAUGAUGGACAACACAACGAUGCACGGAUGAACCUUGCCAUUGCUCUCACUGCUGCCAGGUACGGGGCUGCCACAGCCAAUUACAUGGAGGUCGUGAGUUUGCUCAAGAAGACAGACCCUGAGACAGGGAAGGAGCGUGUAAGCGGGGCCCGGUGCAAAGAUGUGCUCACAGGGCAGGAAUUUGAUGUGAGAGCUAAAUGUGUUAUCAAUGCCACAGGACCUUUCACAGACUCGGUGCGUAAGAUGGAUGAUAAAGGUGCCGCCGAGAUCUGCCAGCCCAGCGCUGGUGUCCACAUUGUGAUGCCCGGCUAUUACAGCCCAGAGAGUAUGGGACUUCUUGACCCAGCCACCAGUGAUGGGCGAGUUAUUUUCUUCUUACCUUGGCAAAAGAUGACGAUAGCUGGCACUACUGAUACUGCAACGGGUAUUACACACCAUCCUAUUCCUUCUGAAGAAGACAUCAACUUCAUUUUGAAUGAAGUGCGUAACUACCUGAGUUGUGAUGUUGAAGUGAGAAGAGGGGAUGUCCUGGCAGCAUGGAGUGGCAUUCGUCCCCUUGUCACAGACCCCAAAUCUGCAGAUACUCAGUCAAUCUCCCGAAACCACGUAGUUGAUGUCAGUGACAGUGGCCUUAUCACUAUAGCAGGUGGAAAAUGGACAACUUACCGAUCCAUGGCAGAAGAUGCUGUAGAUGCUGCUAUCAAAGUCCACAAUUUGAAAGCAGGACCAAGCAGAACAGUUGGACUUUUCCUUCAAGGGGGAAAAGACUGGAGCCCUACACUCUACAUUAGGCUUGUCCAGGAUUACGGGCUUGAAAGUGAGGUGGCUCAACAUCUUGCCGCCACCUAUGGAGACAAGGCUUUUGAGGUGGCAAAAAUGGCCAGUGUGACUGGGAAAAGGUGGCCCAUUGUUGGAGUUCGUCUUGUGUCCGAAUUUCCGUAUAUUGAAGCUGAGGUGAAAUACGGGAUUAAGGAGUAUGCUUGUACAGCUGUGGACAUGAUCUCGCGCCGCACUCGGCUAGCCUUUCUAAAUGUGCAGGCAGCAGAGGAAGCACUGCCCAGGAUUGUUGAGCUGAUGGGUAGAGAGCUGAAUUGGGAUGACUGCAAGAAAAAGGAAGAGCUAGAAACAGCUAAGAAGUUUCUCUAUUAUGAAAUGGGCUAUAAAUCUCGAUCUGAACAACUAACGGAUCGCUCUGAAAUUAGCCUACUGCCUUCAGACAUUGACAGGUACAAGAAGAGAUUUCAUAAGUUUGAUUCAGACCAAAAAGGCUUUAUUACCAUUGUUGAUGUUCAGCGUGUAUUAGAGAGCAUCAAUGUCCAAAUGGAUGAAAACACAUUGCAUGAAAUUCUGAAUGAAGUAGAUUUGAACAAAAAUGGACAGGUUGAACUCAAUGAGUUUCUGCAGCUGAUGAGUGCCAUUCAAAAAGGAAGGGUAUCUGGGAGUCGACUGGCCAUAUUAAUGAAAACUGCGGAAGAGAACCUCGACAGAAGAGUUCUGAUUCCCGUGGAUCGUAGUUGUGGAGGCUUGUGAGUCUGGGCAGUAAACCCACAGCCAACAAACUUAGGAACAAGCAGAUCACCACGCAACAACCAGAGAGAAUGUACACCACUCCAAAGUAGCACAUGUGAAUGACUGCCUUUUAACACUGGCGAACAUUCCAAAGGUUUAGGAUGUGUAUCCUUUAUUUGUAUUUGCCAUUCAGUCUAGCUUCUAAAAAGUGUAUUUUUUAAUUCUCAUUUUCAAUGCACAUGUAUUCCACUCAUCUUGUGACUUAGUAGACUGGAC